GUUAGCGACAACUGGCACAACAUGGCUCCAUCGGCCAACACAAUCGCUCCCACACUUUAAACACUUGUUACUACAACGUCGAGCCACAGACAACGACGACGACGACAACAUCGACCACGAAACCCAACCAACGACGCUGUAGACGACGACGACCACCACGACCACGCACGCAGCUCACGACGCUCCCUCACUCACUUACGAAGGCCCCAAGGCACUAUCGUCGCCCGCCCGAUAACAACCCACCAGCAUGCCUGCUGCCGAUCCGCCGCGCACGCCCCAGCCGCGCUCAGCGAGCGCCGCUGCGCCAGUACAGCGGCGCGCAAGCGGCGACCAGCGGUGGCCGUACCAGUCGGCCACUCGGCGCUCGCAGUCGCAUACCCGCGCACACACGCAGCAGCCGCUCUGGGUGCCCUCUGGCUCGUCGCUCAACCCGGACGGGGUAGAGAGCGGGCUGUACGAGCGGGGCCAGUACGAGGCCGCCGCGGGGCUAAGCGAGCCGUCGUCGCCGUCGUCGCGUCCGCUGCCCAGCGACCAAGCCCCGCCGCCAAGCUAUGUCCAGGCCGCCCGCCCCCGCCACCUGCGCUCCGAUACGACCGACACGGCGGGCACCACCGAGAGCUUUGAUAACAUGCGCGGACUGCGUAACCGCGCGGCGUGGCGCCGGCCCACGCCCCAGUGGGUCCUGCCGUUCGUGCUCGCCGUUACCGUGUCGCUGGGCAUGACCAUGGCCGCGAGGGCAGAGCUGUACCUCGACCUCGCGUGUUUGGCGCACCCGCCCCGCACCUCGACAGGGGUAGUGGUCGCGCUGGGCGAGCAGCAAGCUGCGUCGGCCCACGCCGCGCUCAACUCCUCGUCUGUCACCUUCCCCAUCUUCCCCGGCUCGGCGCUCACCCCCGGCGCGGGUGAGGUCGGCGCCCUGCUCUCGCCGGGCGACAAGUGGUUCCUCGAGGCCCAGAAGGACAUUUACAAGUGGCUGCACCAUGUGCCUCCGCCGAGCCCAACGGUGCCAGAGCAUGGCGACCCGCUGCCCAUCCCAUCAACACCGGGCGAGGAUCAGCCCGUGCCCUCGCCCGCGCCCGCGCCGACGCCCGCCCCCUCCAACCCGCCGUACUCCGAGAUCGACCCCGCGCUGUGCAAGAAGGACCCGGGCGUGCAGGCCGCCGCGGCGCGCCUGCUCAUGACGCUGACUGUCAUGGCUGGGCUGCUGUCAGCCAUCACGACGGGCUUCUGGGCGUCCAUGUCGGACCGUAUUGGCCGGCGCAAGAUCCUCGCGCUGUGCGAGUUCGGCCUGUUGCUCAACGACGCGUGCUUCCUCGUCAUUGCCACGUACCCCCGCAUCGUGGCCCAGUUCGGCUUCUACGUGCUCCUUAUCGGCCCGUGCCUCGACGGCCUGCUCGGCGGCUUCUCGACUAUCACGGCCGCGAUCAACGCUUACAUCGCCGACGUGACGGGCACGGGGUCGCGCGCAAAGGAGUUUGGACGCGUCAUGGCUGCGCUCAUGGGCGGAUUUGCUAUCGGCCCUGCCCUCGGCUCGGCGCUGAUCAAGGCGACCGACAGCAUCCUGUCACCGUUCUACAUCUCCGUGACUACUCACCUGGUGUCUACCAUCCUCAUCCGUUUCCUGCUCCCCGAGUCGCUGUCCUCCGAGGCACGCGCGGUUCUGACGAAGCGCGCUGCGGCAGCCCGCGAGGCCGCGCGGCAGGCCGAGGCAGCCCAGCGCCGGUGGGAGGACUACGGCGACGACAGCGACGAGGAGGACGCGCGUGACGCCGCCGCCGCCGACUCGAGCUGGAGCCGUAUCUCCGCCACGCCGCGUCGUACGCGCACUGCGCGCCGCGCCGUCGGCGCCUUCCGCCGCACGUUCGUGAAGGUGUUUGGCUUCCUCCGCCCGCUGAGCGUCUUCCUCCCCUCGGAAAACGACGACGGAAGCACAAACUGGAACCUGACCUUCAUGGGCGUCUUCGUCUUCUUCACCUCGAUGCUCAUCGGCGUCAUGCAGGUCAAGAUGCAGUACAUCUUCUACACGUUCGGCUGGUCGGCGAGCGCUCUCGGCCCUUACAUGAGCCUCGUGUCCAUCUGCCGUAUCACCGUGCUCCUCGGUCUCCUGCCCCUGGCCAUCAAGUUCCUCAAGCCGUGGUACGAGCAGCGUGAGGUGGUUGAGGAGGGCGAGGCGGCACCGCUGCUGGAGCCAGCGGGCAGCGACGAGUCGAGCCCCGACACGCCCGACCCAGCCGCCAAGCCGUCAACAUCCCGCUCCGCCGCGCUCGACUACCUCCUCGUCCGCCUCGCCGCCUUCCUCGAGAUGAUUAGCUACAUCAUCCUAGCAGCCAACACUGGCGCGUCAUGGCAGAUCUUCCUCCUCGGCUCGGCAGCGACGGCGCUCGGCGCACCCGGGAACGCGGCGGCCAACAGCCUGGCACUGAGCUUCAUGCCCAACGCGCGCGAGGUCGGCCGCCUGUUUGGCGGCAUCUCAGUCAUCCACGCCAUUGGCGCGACGCUCCUCGGCCCCAUCAUCUUUGCCAACCUCUUCGCGGCGACGGUCGAGACGUACGCCGCGAGCGUGUUCAUCCUCGCGGCGGUCGUGCUCGCGCUCGCGCAGUUUGUCGUGCUGUUCGUGCGUGUGCCCAAGGCCGUGCGGCGAGUACCGGCGUAGGGGGAAGGGGAAGGGGCUUGACGACGAUUCUAGACCGGCGCGUACCUGCCACAUUCAUUGGCCACGGCCACCCACUCCAUAUAGCUACAGUAUAUUCACGUGUAGAGUUAGUAAUGCAAGAUUGCGU